AUGGCCGGUACUGUACACAAUGAUUCGUCCGCCUCAUCUUCUUCGCGCCCGCUGAACAACGGUAAUAGCAGCGCCAGCAGCGACCCCGCCGACCGAGACGAACUGGACUUUUGGAGCGAAGACGAAGACAUCGCCGACGUCCUGACUGAAGAUCCGAUCCGCGAGGACCUCGAAGAACCCUUGUCCUUCAAGCGCAAGCAGAAGCAGACCGUUCCGUCGGCAUCAGGGCGCUUCCUAUCUGCCUUCACCGGCUCGCGAUCGGGCACAGCCUCCCCUGACUCUUCGCCGCGAGUUCGAACACCGACCCAAGACCCCAACAGAUCUCCCCGGAGAGCAGGCGUGCAUGGCACUGCAAACCAAGGCACAAAAGAUGGCGCGCCGCUGGACUGGUACGUCGAGGGACCGGGCAGGAGAGUGGGAUACGAGGAUUUGACGGCCAUCGAUUGGAUCUUUGAAUACACAAAGGAGCGCCAGCGUCUGCGCGUCCUCCACUCGAGCGCGCAUGGCCUGCUCGGCCUGUUAAAGCAGCUUCUGGAUGCCAGCGAAGUCUGGGUUAUUCUGAUUCUGACCGGCAUGGCUGUUGGAGCCGUUGCUGCUGGCAUCGACAUUACGACCGAUUGGCUUGGCGACCUGAAGACUGGCUACUGUUCCAGCGGUCCAGAAGGCGGCGCGUUCUAUUUGAACAAAAACUUUUGCUGCUGGGGUUACGAUGAAAUGUCCAAGUGCGCUGGCUGGACACCUUGGGCCAAGGCAUUGGGGAUUUCUUCGGCUGCUGGUAAAUGGUUCAUGGAGUACUUCUUCUUCCUCAUCUUCUCGGUCAUUUUGGCAUCGGCAGCGGCUGUACUGGUUAAGGAGUACGGGAUGUAUGCUAAACACAGCGGUAUACCCGAGAUUAAGACGGUGUUGGGUGGCUUUAUUAUUCGCAGGUUUCUCGGCAGCUGGACUUUAAUUACAAAGUCGCUGGGUUUGUGUCUUGCUGUUGGAUCCGGCAUGUGGCUGGGCAAAGAGGGACCUCUGGUUCAUGUUGCCUGCUGCUGUGCCAACUUGUUUAUCAAGCUGUUCACGAACAUCAAUGACAACGAGGCCCGGAAGAGAGAGGUCCUGUCUGCGGCAGCUGCCUCCGGCAUCUCUGUUGCUUUUGGGUCCCCGAUCGGAGGUGUAUUGUUCAGUCUCGAACAACUUUCUUACUACUUUCCUGACAAAACGAUGUGGCAAAGUUUUGUCUGCGCCAUGACGGCGGCUGUGGUUCUCCAGGCAUUUGACCCCUUUCGAACGGGACAGCUUGUCAUGUAUCAAGUCAAAUUCAGUACCAGCUGGCAUGGCUUCGAGCUCAUCCCCUUUGCUGUACUUGGCAUUCUGGGUGGAAUAUAUGGCGGCCUCUUCAUCAAAGCCAAUAUGGCCGUGGCCAGAUGGAAGAAGAACACGCCGUGGCUACCCGGACCCAUCACCCAGGUCGCUGCGAUUGCCCUCCUUACGGCACUUAUCAAUUACCCGAACCACUAUAUGAAGUUUCAAACUUCAGAGCUUGUAUCAAACCUGUUUGUCGAGUGCUCCAAGUACGUCGACGACCAGAUUGGACUCUGUAAGACAGGGGCUGCAUCGGCACCUACUAUAGUGCUUCUGAUUUUCGGAGCCAUCCUUGGUUUUUUCUUGGCCACUGUAACCUUUGGUCUCCAGCUGCCUGCUGGCAUUAUUUUGCCUUCAAUGGCCAUCGGUGCUCUCACGGGCCGGGCCGUGGGUAUUAUCAUGGAGAUCUGGGUCGCAAACCACCCUGCGUUCUUCCCCUUUGCCUCCUGCGAACCAGAUGUCCCGUGUGUGACUCCUGGGACGUAUGCCAUCAUUGGUGCAGCAGCCACUCUGGCUGGAGUCACUCGCAUGACUGUUUCGAUCGUGGUUAUCAUGUUCGAGCUGACAGGAGCUUUGACGUAUGUCCUUCCCAUCAUGAUUGCCGUCAUGAUCUCGAAGUGGGUAGGAGACGCGUUCUCUCGGAAGGGUAUCUACGAGGCCUGGAUUCACUUCAACGAGUAUCCGUUCUUGGACAACAGCGAGGAGAUGGUCAUACCAGACAUUCCCGCUUCCCAGAUCAUGACUCGUAUCGAGGAUCUGGUUGUGCUUACAGCGACGGGCCACACUAUUCGCAGUCUCAAGAACAUCCUCGACAUGCACCCUUACCGAGGCUUUCCAGUUAUCUCAGACCCCCGCGAAGCUCUGCUGCUGGGAUACAUCUCACGAGCAGAGCUCACCUACAACUUACAAAUGUGUUCUCAGCCACCACGGUCCCUUCCGCUGGAGACGGAAGCUUUCUUCUCCCAUCAGCCUCUUGCGGAUCCUCGCACCACGCUUGAUCUCCGGCCGUGGAUGGACCAGACACCCAUCACCAUGGCAUCGCGCUCUAACCUGCACCUGGCUGUGAGUUACUUCCAGAAGCUCGGCCUGCGGUACGUCCUCUUCAGCGACCGCGGUGCCCUGCAGGGUCUCCUGACGAAGAAGGACGUUUGGUAUGUCCUCAAUGGUGCGGAUGAGACGCGUCGGACCAGCGGGUUGUCGAGAGACAUGGGCGUCGAUACCGGCAUUACGAGAGAGGAUGCCGGCGGUGAGCAGAGGGGCCUGCUAAGGGGCGACGGACACGAGGAGGGAAUUAGUCCGGCGGACGACCGUGAAACAAUAUUAUAA